GGAGAGGCGGAAAUCUUGAUGCGCGGUUUUCAGCUGACUGUGCUCACGUCAAAACGGAAGGAUUUGUGUUCUAAAUUUAUGGAAUCUGGGAUACAUUGCUCGCAGUACACAGAUUGUUAAUCUGUCCAUGUCACAUAUGUGAACAUGCCCCGCAGAAAGAGAACCACAGGCAGCAGUUCGGAUGGGACGGAGGACUCUGAUUUCUCUGCCGAUCUCGAGCCGACCGAAACCGUCGGGAAAGCGCAGCGACGUAACAGCACCCGCCUGACUCGAACGUCCCUUCGUCUCAGCCAAAGCACGCAAGAUAACUCCACCAGAGUGCGAAGCAGUUCUCCUGCAGCAGUGGGCCCUGAAGAAGGUUUGGAGGGAGCAGCAGCCUCAGUGUUUUCCUCAGGACGCAGGAUCACGCGCAGCCAGCAGGGGGCGACAAACACAACAGCCAAAAAAUACCCACUGCGUCAGGGCAGGUCAUCCGGGUUAGAUGUGGAGACUAACGCAGGAGUAAAGCAGGUGGCAGACCACGAUGAGACCCCUCCCCGCACGCCAACAGGCAACGCUGCGUCUUCAGAGUCAGACAUGGAGGUUUCCAGCAACGGGAACGACCUUGUGUCUCCCAGCAAUGAUGUCAUAGUUUCUCAAGAAGAGGACGAGAGGUUGGCAAAGGAGCUUUCGCUCAAAGAGGCCGCCGCUCACGACCUUUCCCACCGGCCCAAACGACGGCGCUUUCAUGAGAGCUAUAACUUCAACAUGAAGUGUCCCACACCUGGAUGUAACUCACUGGGUCACCUGACAGGGAGACAUGAGAGACACUUCUCCAUAUCAGGAUGUCCUCUUUACCACAACCUUUCAGCUGAUGAAUGCAAGGGCAAAUCAUCAACUCGUGAGAAACAGGCCGAGGAAAGGACACUGUCUCAUCGUCAAGACGAGAACAGACACUCCACAAGAAACCAGGCCCCAACAGAUUGUCAGCUGCGCUACAAGGAGAAGGUGACUGAGCUGAGGAAGAAGAGGAACUCUGGCCUCAACAAGGAGCAGAAGGAAAUGUACAUGGACCAUCGUCAGAGCCACGGGACCAGCCGUGAGCCCCUGCUGGAGAACAUCACCAGCGACUACGACCUGGACUUGUUCAGGAAAGCGCAGGCACGUGCCUCGGAGGACCUUUCCGCACACCCUCCUCUGCAGCCUCAGGAGGAGUCUGAAAUAUACUUGGAGAAGCUUCGUCUGGAAGGCCAGGUGUCAGAGGGGAGCAACAUGAUAAAGAUCAUCGUGUUCGGUCGCUACGAACUGGACACUUGGUACCACUCGCCAUACCCGGAGGAAUAUGCACGCUUGGGGAGGCUGUACAUGUGCGAAUUCUGCCUCAAGUAUAUGAAGAGCCAGACCAUCCUGCGUAGACACAUGGCCAAGUGUGUUUGGAAGCAUCCUCCAGGCGAUGAAAUCUACAGAAAAAGCAACAUCUCAGUCUUUGAGGUGGACGGCAAGAAGAACAAGAUUUACUGUCAGAACCUGUGUCUGUUGGCCAAACUCUUUCUGGACCACAAGACCUUGUAUUACGAUGUGGAACCUUUCCUCUUCUACGUGAUGACUGAGGCUGACAACACAGGGUGCCACCUGGUGGGGUAUUUCUCCAAGGAGAAAAACUCUUUCCUCAACUACAAUGUGUCCUGCAUCCUCACCAUGCCCCAAUACAUGAGGCAAGGCUAUGGGAAGAUGCUUAUAGACUUCAGUUAUCUAUUGUCAAAGGUGGAAGAGAAAGUGGGCUCACCCGAGCGCCCCUUAUCUGACCUGGGCCUUAUCAGCUAUCGCAGUUACUGGAAGGAGGUGUUGUUACGCUACCUGAACAACUUUCAGGGGAAAGAGAUCUCCAUUAAAGAGAUCAGCCAGGAGACGGCAGUGAACCCCGUGGACAUUGUCAGCACUCUGCAGUCCCUCCAGAUGCUCAAAUACUGGAAGGGCAAACACUUGGUUUUAAAGCGACAGGACCUUAUUGACGACUGGAAAGCCAAGGAGCGUAAACGUGGUUCGGGCAAAACCAUCGACCCCACAGCCUUAAAGUGGACGCCGCCGAAAGGGACGUAGAAGAGCUUCAACACAACACACAUCCUCUUCUGCACACACACACCCACACAAAUAUCCACACUCACACUGUUUUUGUUCACUUCCAGCAGCUUCUUACAGUUUUUGCCACUCGUUCUCGAAUUAGCACAACAUCCUGUCUUUUCUGGCUGGCUGGUUGCUGCAUUCAAUCACUGGCCUUCAUAAAAUGGAUAAAUAUAGAACUAAAACCUGCAGUAAUGUCAGUGCUUUCGUCAACCUGCGCUAAAAUUCCAUUCCCCAAAAUGGAGCAUGUUUGCCAUAAAAGUAACCUGCCUGACCUGACUGAGCUCCGACUGGAAAAAACUUGAAAGUUAUUCAUUGCUCUGAAAGUUAAAAAGAAACAAAAAACUAAAUGAUUGCCUCAUCCAAAAAUUGUCUUUAACUUAAUUUAGUCUUUCAGAAGGCCGCUUCUUUGGGUCGUUAAGAGAAGAAAUGUGAAAGAAUGUGAAGAAGACGUGCUGGAGAUACACCUGUAAUAGCUAAAGCUGCCAUUGGCCUUAUUUGGACUCUUUUACGUCUUUAAGCUGCCUUCAUUUCUUUGUCGUCUGUAUUUAACUUAGUUAGUUUUCCCUGUCUAAUUUCAAUAUUUAAUCAUUUUCUACCUCUUUGGGUUUGCCACUGUAUAAAUGCUCAAAUACACACCAUUUUCUCUUCCUAUUGUGUGAAAAUGUUAACGUGCAGAGCCUUUUUUUUUUUUUUUUUUUUUUAAAUUGCCAUCAAUUCCGGUGUACAAGCCGCACCCACACAAUUUAGAGGAAAAAAACGAUUUGUGCAUAUGAAAGCCGCACCGGACUAUAAGCUGAGCUCGUCCACGUCAUAAAAUGGCGUGCGAAUGAGGAGCACGCAGCUCUUUAUUUGACAGGAGCUGAUCGUGAGCUAUGAAAAAAGUCAUGACGAGCUUGUCAACCCAUUGGAAAUCACUGACUCACGGUGUCCAACUCAUCACACAGCAGCUUAACACUCAAAAGGUAUACCUAAGAAAUAUACAAACAAGUACCAAUAGAGGUUUGGAAUGGGAAAAAACAAGUCCUUUCAAGUUUUCCCAUAAUGCAUUGCGUCUGAGUAAAGCAUUUAAUUGGAGAAAAUGGAUGGAUGGUGCUGCAAUGCUGCCUCUGUCCACCAGAGGGAGGCUGACGUCAUUGCAGCGCCCCGGCAGUCACCAAUGAAUCCUUUGCUCAGACGCAAUGCAUUAUGGGAAAACUUUUUUUUUCAUUUUAAACUCUUAUUGUACCGGACUGUCGUGGUGAAGAGAGAGCUGGCGGGAUUAUGUCUCACAGCUGGCCUGGCAACGCCUUGGUGUCCCCCCGGUGGAGCUGGAGGUGGUGGCCGGGGACCGAGAAGUCGGGGCUCCCCUACUGAGACUGCUGCCCCUGUGACCCGGACCUGGAUAAGCGGAGGAAAAUGGAUGGAUGGAUGGAUGGACUCUUAUUGGUACUUGUUUGUAUAUUUCUUAGGUACACCUUUUGAGUGUUAACUUGCUGUGUGAUGAGUUUAGUUUUCUUUGUAAGAUGACACCGUGAGUUAGACUUUUAUAUUGAGUAGCAUCAGUAGUAGUUCUGAAGUGAAGGAGAUUAGAAGUUAGCCAUAAAUUAGCCGCACCGCUGUAUAGCCCACAGGGUUAAAAAUGUAAGAAAAAAAGUAGCGGCUUAUACACCGGAAAUUACGGUAGAUUUCUUCAAAUAUUUAUUUAUAUAGUUCAAUCAUUUGUAAAGUGUAGAAAAGGUUUGUUAGAAGAUGAUGCUUCCAUGUGAAUAUAAAAACUACUGAAGCGAUAAGUUCUUUACAUUUUAGGCAUUUUAUCCGUAGGUCUCUAAAGUUUAAGUGAAAUGAUGUCAAUGUUACACAAAUUCGAUGUGUCAUGCUUUUUAUAUUUGUUGCUGCAAACACGUUGGGUCUGUAACAAGUGCAUUUUUUGUUUUCUUUGACUGGAAUUGCACAUAUUUUACUGAUGUAGGAAAAAUAUUUGGGACGAAUUUGUGCAAGUUAGGUUGAUAAACACAAUAAUAGGCAAUUAGCAAAUUAGCUCACGUUAUUUUAGCUUAGCUUAGUUUAGCGUGUGACUUGUUGGAGUUUACGGCCCUUUGGGCAAACAACCUUUACAAAAUGGCUCAUCGUUAAAUAACAUACGAAUGAAACAAUAUAUUCCAUUUUACUCGUUUUAGUCUGUUUUCAGUGCUAAUGCUAAGCUAAGCUAACGUUUAGCACUUUCCAUUAACCUUAUUAACGUUCUGUAUGAUGUCUUCGGAUGGUGGUGUAAUGGUACACGUUCUGCCUUUCCUGGCUGAGGGUGCGGGUUCGAUUCCCAGCCAGGGUUGUGUCAGGAAGGGCAUCUGGUGUUAAAAAAAAAAAAAAGUCAAAACCGUUAUUGACUUGUUGUGGCGACCCCUGGUGAUGAAAAGCUAAAUGCUUUUAUUUUCAAAAAUUCCCCAAAGUUCGAUGAGCACAUUCCAUAUGGUAAUGGGGACGGUAUCCAAAGUGCGGUCCAGGGGCCAUUUGUGCCCCACAGGUUAUUUAUUAGACAAGAAAAGUAAAAAAAAAACAAAAGAAUCAGAAAAUAAUGGGAUAACGUUAAAAUGUUGAUGUUAAUAAUAUGCUUUUUCACCUGUAUGUACUGUAUAACGGCUUAGCUUAGCUACAUGGGUUGGUUUUAGACUCUUUUACAAAAUUAAAAAUAUCAAAAUGG